UGCUUUUAGACGUCUGCCAUGAUCUCUUGAUAAGCUAAAUAUUAUUUUCAGCGUUACCAGCUUUGCAUUGCGAAGACGAGGACGACUCUAUCUUCGGAAUUCUUAGUAUUUACCGACGAAGUGCCUUACAUUCAAGCCAAGAACAGAGGGAUACUAUGAAGAUUUUGCAGAGGAAGGCAGCUCUGCAGGAAAGGAAGGAUGCAAAGGAACCAUCCAAAGGAGCUGUUGCUAUGAAACCAAGAUCACGUGUUCAGAUGAGUGCUGCAGACAGGCUUUUUCACAAAAUGUUGAGAAACUUGUCAAGCGUCGGAGAUCUAUUACAAAAAUAUGCUCCAAUGAAGCUGCUGGAUUCAGGAACUUUCAGUCACGUGGUGUUGGCAAGCGUAAAGAAAAGCAACUGUGACAGGAAAGUUGCAAUAAAAAUUGUAGAGGUGGAGAAGCAGCCCUAUAACAUGUUACUAAAUGAAAUCAACAUAAUGAAGAGAAUCCAACAUGAAAACGUCAUCAAUGCCUUAGAUGUGAUAUACGUGGAAGCAGUAAAGAAAGUUUGGAUCGUUAUGGAGUACAUGAAGGGAUGUUCCCUAGCCGUUAUUCUUCAAAAAGUUUUGUUAAAAGAGAAGCAGAUAGUAUACGUCGCAAAAGAAUGUUUGAACGCUCUACACUAUUUGCACGGGAAAAUGAUCGUGCACAGGGACAUUAAGAGUAAUAAUAUAUUGAUUGACGUUCACGGCAGAGUAAAAAUCACCGAUUUUGGGACCAGUUUUAUAUACAAUGAUAAACAAGUAAAGAAGGAAAUAGUGGGAUCCCCAUGCUGGAUGGCUCCAGAGGUUGUUGCAAGAAAACCAUACGACUUCAAAAUUGACAUAUGGAGUUUUGCUAUCACACUAAUUAAAAUGUUUGAGGGCGACCCACCAUACAUCAAGGAAACACCGACAGAUGCGAUGAAACUGGUUAAAAAGAAUGGACGACCUGUGAUACAAAAGUUCAACACUUUAUCAAACGGACUAAAACAUUUCCUAGACAGAUGCCUUAAAGUUGAUGCCAGUGAGAGAGCAACAGCAAGUGAGCUUUUGAAGCACGAGUUUUUAACUUCAGAAAGUGAAGCUGUUACUGCAUUAUGUGCAAAGGGAGUAGUACCGCCAAUUUGAGUCUUAACCAAUUUUUGUUCCACCUAUGUUGAAUAAUGUAAAUACCGUUGAAGACGUUUAAAAAUCUUUUGUGAUUGAAUUGUUUUGCUAUUAACCUGCAAAUAUAAAUCAUUUUGGUGCAAGAUGAUGAAAAAGAGUUACUAAAUGAAGUGAUUUAAAUUUA